AUGAAAUGUUAUGAAAUAAUAAGGGCAAAGAAUAUUGAUUUCCAUACAUCAAAUGAUUCCCUCUGUUUUAUCGAACUAAUUUGUUGUCAAUUUCUAGAAAGAUUUAGAUACGAUAUGACAUAUUUCGCAAAAAUUAACAUUAAUAUAUAUCGAAGAUCUGGUGGCGACUAUUAUAACAAUAUUCUAGAAUUGAAAGAUAUUGACAUUUGCCAUAUUAUUAAAGGUGCCGAUACUAUAAGUUUCGUUACUGAAUUUCUGGAUUACGGAAAAACUCUUAAUGGAACUAUGAAGCAAAGUUGUUUAAGAUCGGGUGAAUUCUACUUAGCAAAUGCAUCGGUUCCGGGAGACUACAAAUCUUUGGAUUAUUUCCCUUCAGGUCUUUAUAAACUAGCAAUCAAAGUAUUUGAUCUUAAAGAUGAAAAUGUUUUUAACAUAACUCUUUCUGCAAAUGUAAUUCACAAAUAA